AUGCUCCGCCAAGCAGCUCGCCCUCUCGCUCGCGCCGCGCGUCCUGUUCAGGUCCGCUACGGGAGCACGCCGCACUACAAUCAGCCGUCGGGCUACGUUUUCUCCGAGGAGAUCGGUCCCGGCCAGAAACGUGUCCGUGAGAGCUGGGAGACCAUCUUCUACACCGGCUUCUUUGGCGGCCUCGCGCUCGCCGCUGCGAUCAUCGUGUACAAGCCCGACACCUCUAUCCAGGCAUGGGCGCUGCAGGAAGCCAAGCAGCGCAUGGAGGCGCGCGGCGAGCCUACCAAGUACACGUCGCCUUCUCAGUAA